AUAAAGGCUGAGGGUCCAAACACAAUGCAGGGCUUUACAUAAACAGGACAUUACAUUGACUAGAUGAUAUUUAAAGGUGUUGUCCCCAUUGGUCUUGUCUCUCUAAUAUGUCAGUCCACUGGUGACUACAGUAAUUCAGUGUAUGGGAUCUCACUGCUGGAGCCAGCUUAAAAUGAACUAGUAUGACAGGACGGAUGCAGUGAGACUUGGUAUAUGUCGACAACCCCAUUUUUGAUGGGAUGCCAAUAUAAACCUAGGACUUUGUGUGAACCCAGUCAUACCCCACUGGUUUUCCAUCCAAUGAGACCACCAAAAAGUUAUUUCAGAUGACUGUGUUUUGAAAUAAAGAAAGAAGUCACCAGGGGAGUAGGGGAGUUCCAUGUCCUGUUGUCUGCUCUACGUGAACAUUUGGAAGAACCAUUUAGCCUCCAAGGCUGAUCAAAUAGGCUCAUAGGAAAAUUAAUUUGGCAAAGAAAGUCUGGACAACUUCAUUAUCUGAUCAACCUCAAGCACAAUACAAGUAUAUGAACAUUACCAUGGGCUGAAAUCUCUACGGUCAACAGAUCCCAUACUGAAACCCAACGUUACAUCAUCUCCCUCCAGCCAUUGAUACUAUAUAAAUGACAGCACCCGAGUACCAGGUACAUCUAUUGAGGAGUCUCAAAACCAAGAUAAUUCAAGAGAUUUGGACACAGCAAGAAUGAAGCCUGUUAUAAUAAGUGUCCUCCUUCUUUCCUUCUUACUCUCCAUUGCUGCUGCUCUCAACUGUUACCACUGUCAUAAGAGAAACUCAGAUACAUGUGAGCACGAAGAAAAGAAAUGUCCAGAGGGAGACCAAUGUAUAACUAUCUCUGAGGAAUACAAAAAUAAUGGGACCUUUCGCUCAAUAUUCAAGGGUUGCUCUCGUGACCUGCCUUGUGAAAAGGAACCAUACGGAAAGGUGAACAAUGACGUCUAUCUUCUGAUCAGCACAAAGUGUUGUGAUAAAGAUCUCUGUAACUCUGAAUUCUAUGAAAUGCCAGAAGAUGAUGAACCCAAUGGAGUUAUAUGUCCAAGCUGCUAUGAAGAAAACACUGCAGAAGAAUGUAAAGGGGACCAUGAGAUCAUGUGCCGGGGAAAAGAUGACAAAUGUUUGACAUUUUCUGGGGACGUCAAGAAACCAGAUGGCAAUAUGGUCACUUACUCAUGUAAAGGAUGCAUAUCUACCUUAGCAUGCCAGUUAGAGCUAAGUCAGAUGAUUGGAGUCCAAGUACUUGACGAAAAGAUUUUUACAUGUGUAGACAACCCGCCGAAACCUCCGGGUGAAGAAGAGAACGAUAAGGAAAAAAUUAAUCUUCUUCCGUAAAUGGAAAUCAAAUGCUUCAUGGGAACUAAGAAGUUGAAUCAGUUUAAUGUGUUCCCCAAAAAUAUUCUUUCUGCUGCUUAUGAAAUCUGUAGAUGAUUCUGCAAAAUUAAAGCA